CGGCUUGUUGUCGCUGUUUAGUGACGUAUCUCAGUGACCGUGAGCUGUCUGACAUGUUGUAAGAAGAGGAAACGUGCAAACAAGUAAAAUGAUGAAUUUAGCCGCUUUAGUUCACAGCCUCAGAUGUUCUUUGCUACACAUCGAGAGUAGACUUCUGCAGGCGGCGGGACUAGACCGACACCUGGCUCCAGCGUUGGCAGUCAAUGGCCCCAGCCUCCUGCCUCAGCUUCAGCCUCAGGUCGACCAGGAGCAUCAGCAGGAGGAGGAGCCCUCUGGCCUCAUGGACAGCAUCUUAUGGAUGGCAGUGCCCAAAAAGAGACGCACCAUAGAGGUCAAUCGCACCAGAAGGAGAUCUGACAGCAAACUCCUAAAAGUUCAGAACAACAUCGAGCCGUGUCCAGAGUGUGGCCACUUGAAGCAGAAACAUAUCCUGUGUGGUUUCUGUUACGCUAAGGUCUGCAAGGAGACUAGACUGAUUCGUCAACGGAUUCAAGCAACGGAAGGAGGCCCACUGAGGGCCCCGACUGUGGAGACGGUUGUGCUGUAUGAGGGUGAGACACCAAGCGAGCAGGACAAGGACAAAAGGAUAGUGGAGAGGGCCAGGAAGAGGCCGGCAUGGUUCAGCUAAUGAUGCUGUGUUUGCUACAUACCUUCAGUUUGACACAGGUCUGGUCAGAUACACACUGACACUGUUUGAUAAAAUGAAGUGAGGUUGAUGUAUCAGUUUUGUUUCCACAAACAUAAUCCAUCAGAGGAUGUGCUUGUUUGAUCUGAAGAGAUGCAUUUUCACUUAUAUCUGUGAUCAUACUGCAUUACAUCAUUAAUGUGUGGGUAGAAAAAAAUCUAUAGAUUUUGGGCUCACACAACCACAGAGUCUCUAGAGUUGACGUCAGACAUCAUUGUUCAUUUUUUGUUAUUAUUUCAACUGUUAGUCAUACGUGAGAGAAAUUUACUGUAUAUUUGAAUGUUUGACAAUAAACUCAAUCUUUGAAGUAAAGAAUCUUA